AUGUCUGUAACCCAUGUUAUUUUCGACUUCGACGGCCUACUAGUGGACACGGAAAGCAGCUAUACACUUGCCAAUAAGAUGCUUUUUCGCAAAUUUGGACUAGAGUUCACCCCCGAGUACAACGCCAUGAUUUUGGGCAGGAAAAGAGAUGAAGGCUUCCCACUGCUGUUAAAAGCGGCAGGUCUGGACGGUAAAAUCACCGUAAAAGAAUACACAACUCAAUUUUAUGCGCUGAUGGAUCACUUAUUCCGAGAAUGUAAAGCUAUGCCAGGUGCAGAAAAGUUAGUGCGGCAUCUUCACAAAAAAGCAAACUCACUGAUCUUCUCGACACACAGAGCCCCAAAGCCCUACAUCAGCAGAGAAAGCACAGCUAGUGCGCAAUCUAGAAAAGUGCUCAAAUCAAAAGGUGUACCAAUGGCGAUAUGCACAGGAUCUCGGAGUAAAACAUUUGGACCGCGACGAGAGCCACAUAAAGAAUGGCUGGAUCUAAUACCGUUGAAGGUGUUUUGUGGUGACGAACCACAAAUCAGGGGAAAGCCUAAUCCUGAUCCGUUUAUAGUGACGAUGAAUAGGUUUUCCGUGAAGCCUAGCGAUCCGUCAAAGGUAUUAGUUUUCGAAGACUCCCCUAACGGCGGUCGAUCAGCCAAAGCAGCAGGGAUGAAGUGCAUAAUAGUACCAACAGAACAAUCGCGGCAGGAAGCUAUAAGCAUUGGAGUAGCCCAAGUGUUGCACAGCCUUGAAGAGUUCCGUCCAGAGAUGUACGGACUUCCACCAUACGAGUAA